GUCGUCGCAUGCGCCUCAAUUAACUGCAGCGAGAAGGAAUGGAAGGGGAUGCGAUCAACGGCUCUCCGGCGGGUAGUAAUUAGCUUCUCCAAGCGAAAUAUUGUGACAAAUACAUGGAGUGCCGUACUUCUUCCUCUGGAAGAAUUUCUCUCUUUCUCUCCUCUUUUGAAGGACUUCUUCAAGAAAAGGGCCCAAGGACGUGUCGCCCAAAGCGCGUUCUCCGAUCUUGGCGGAAAUUCGAGCUCUCGUCCACGGCUGUCCGACAACAAAACGACAAGGAGUUGGAGCCGCGUACACGCUGGAACGAGAUCUAGCGGAGUUUACGGCCGUAUCACGGAUGCAGUUGCAUCACCGAUGGAUACGGAUGCGGUGUCGAAGGAUCCAGUUCGAGCCGAGCAGGCUCAAUUCGAGGAGUUGGAUGCAGGAGAACGCAUCCGGAGGCUCCAAAUUCGCAGUGUUUCGCGGACUGUGAACUGUCGCUAUCAAAGACAAAAAGAUCUCGAGGACGUGCACGACAAAGAUUUGGGGAGUCUCCGUGGCGCAGUCUCGGCGAAUUGAGUUAAUCACUCGCGCGGAUAAUUAACAUUUCUGACGCUAAUUGAGCGGUCUUAGCGCGGCAGCACAGCUGAAGCCGUAACUCACACCGUGCCGGCUCGCGGGGAUCUCAAUGAAAAGUAUCAGUAAACUCUCUAUCGCCGCGCAACGGCGAUAGAGCGUAGCCGCGGUGGUUUCCUCAGUUUAUUUAUUCCCGGGUCAAGGGAACUCCACUUCUUAAACACGAGGGUCAAGGAGUCAAUGAGAUCCGGUUGCUCAGGUAUGUAACCGCGCAAGUGCUCGGAGUCUCUCUCUCUUUCUCUCACGGGCGUUUCGUUCGGCUUUAUUCCCGGUAAUUUUCCACGGGAUCCUCCUCUCUCGUCGAGGUCACGCCACGGAACACCUUGUCGACGAUCAUUGCGAAAUUAUGCGUUGAAACGUGUCACCGCCGUCGUCUCGCGCCGUCCCGAAUAACGAUCGUCGCGCGAUAAUGCGCGCGAAUGGCGAUCCUUUUUCGACCCAGCGAACACGUCGACGAUCUUUCCAUCGACGUCGCGAUUGAUCUCCGUUGACACUUGCGACUGACCUCCAUUGAUCGUUCGACAGCACGGCCGAAGCCGGCAAGUAAUCCAAGUACCGUAAAUAACGCAGUUCCCGAUGCGUGUACAUAGGUUUUUUUUUUACCUUUCUAUCUCAUGUCAUCGACUCGCCAUUGGCUGGUUCGCGUCUAUGCGAUUAGUUAUGCAUUAUAAAUAAAUUAAUGAAGGACGCGUCGCACCAGUUUUUUCAUAGCGCCAGUCACCGAUAACCGGCGCAACGAUUGACACGAUUAUCGAUGGUAUAUCGACGUAAAAAGAACUAGUCAAUGUAACUCGGGUAUUUCCGAGUACACCCACACUCUCUGCGGCUAUUACCCGAGCAAUCAGAUAGUAAAUAGUUACGAGUAUGCCAAUGCAUUCGUUCGUUAUUUGUUAACAAAUUUGUUCUUUAUUGUUAUAAAGUCUAUAACCUGGAGCUGUCAAAUUAUUUCAUGUAUUCAUUAAAAUAACUUUAGUCGCAAGUUACUGAUUCGUAGAAGGCGCACGGACGUGACAUAAAGCUGCAUCAAGUUAAUGUAUUCGUGUAACACCCGAAAUGUACGGGUACUCGCGCAGGUAUUCGGGUGAAACUCGAAAGACGAGUACCCGGGUGGUCGACAGCACUAAAAAGAAUGAUGCAUGUAUUUUAUCGAACGCAAGAAAGUAUGUCUUGUAUUUGGUGGAAUAACCAGUAUCUCGCGCCGCGCAACACUUCAGCCACGCGCGAUAUUGGACAAAUAAGUCGGCGUACUUUCUGUGAGAUAGUUUGUUUCGUCCGAUAGAUUUUCUUUGAAGUGGCUCGUAUCGAGUGGAUUGAGGAAGCGAUAAACGUCACGUUUUCCGCUUACUUUGACCCCGCUGUCGUCUAUAAAAGACUUGCGCAAACCAGAACGCAAUUGAAAGACCGUGUCCGCUACGAGACAAGAACACUCGUGUCCGUUUCUUUCGGCCGCAUUUCCUUGUAUUUGUCGCCUUUGAGGUGAAAUGUAUUUACCUUAGAGGGGAAAAAGCUCGAAAAUCGCUAUCGAAAAUAACGUAAAAAGAGGAAAAGGUGACAGAUGGAAACGGAGUUGUCACACACUGGAAGAGAAAACUAUCUGAGAGAGAGAUGACAAAUAUUUUUAUACAAUAUACUCAUAUUUAUCUAAAUCUAAAUUCUUUUAUUUAUAGAUGAGAUAAACAAUUGUUUCCAUGAGAAACUAAGGUUUUAAGAAAAUGUAUAUUUUCCUACUUGGAAAAUAUUUCACAUUAAUACAGGUAAAUAUGUUAUCAUCACCACCCAUCGAAUAAGUGUAUUUUCUUUUCUUGAUAUUUUUUCGAUCAAUACAGAGAGAAUAUAAUUUUCCUCGGAAACGCGGGAAUCGCGAGAUUGUCGCAAUUUUGAAUUUGCGACUGGUCACACGUCUUCGUGUUUUGCGACAGAAAUGAACUUUCUACAGAGUGCCAGCAACCUGCUGAGCGGAACGUGCGACACAGUCCGUUGUCAUUCUGACUUAUGCGGAACCACGCAGUUUCAGUCCAUUAGUCGACUUAACGUUCGCGGAACGGCAAAACGCCGGUCGCAAAUCCAGCGGCGCUACAUUGCAACUCGACAUCUCGCAAUUGUAAUUGUAACUGUUUUACAAAUAUAGAGUGGUUUAUUUCUGGCGGCGCGCGCGACGAGAGGGUCGACUUAUCGCACCGCUGACGCACACGAUCGUCGAUGAGGCUCGCGAAGUUCGUCGUACGUGGCUUCGCUGCGCGCGAAAGCGCAGCUGCGGCGAGGAUGCCGCGCGAGAAGCACCGCGAACGCUGUUGUCAAUGAUUCCGCGGGUCUACCCCGCUGCCCUCAAUUAUUUCAUAGGCCGCACGUUUCCAUGGACGAGAGCGUGCCGGAGCGUCGCCUGGAAAUUCUGCGAAGCGUAUCGCCGCUAUUCCGGCCAGCUCUCUCCUCUCCUAUCGACUCACCUCCUUUUUUCCGUCUUCUUUUCUUGUCUCCUCCCUUUCUUUCUUUUUAACUCGUGACAUCGGUUGGGUUCUUGUCCUAGCCGGACUCCGCAAAUGUGCAAACGCGCAAACAAACGCAAGGGUCCGGCAAGGUGCAGAAUACGAUGGUUGUAAAAAGUACGGUACAAUCAGAACGACGACAUUGUUCCCUCAAAUGCAGAUAUUUCUUACGAAGAAGGAUCAGCAGUCUGGCAUUAUUUCCGCACAAUGAUUGGAAUACAACGAUCGAAUAGUGCAGGAUGGCCUUGCAAAGCUGUCAGGUGGUGGUGAAGUCGGCAAUGCAAAGGACAGACAUUUCUGCGUUUGAGAAAACGAACCUGUGAAAUAGUAAUUGAGGACAGCGACGUGAACACGUGGCAUAUUUGACAAUUGAUUCGCAGCUAUGCGAAAGUUAUCACGAACAAAAUUACAUAUUUGUGAAGGAACGAUUUAUAAGUUCUCCAAAAUCGAUAUUCUUCGGGAAACACCAAAGACAUUAUUGAUAAUAAUAGUGUAAAGCCGUAUAAAAACGUUCCACUAUAUUCUUAUUCGAUAAAUUCGCGAGAAACUCGCGAAAGAAGGAAAGAAAGAAAUCCAUAUUCAUCUAAUAGCGCGGAACAGGAACUGUCUCUCAGCUUAAAAUCGGCUAUGAACGAGGUAAACAACUCGGAUAAACCACGGCAAUUUUCCACUGCCAAUGAUACUUACAAUUCUCUACUGUCCGUGAAAAUUUGACUAUUUUUUUAUCGAUCAAAAGUGCAGCCGCGAAACAGCUUUCUCUCUCUCUCUCUCUCUCUCUCUCUCUCUCUCUCUCUCUCUCUCUCUCUCUCGCUUGUCCGACAAUUGUUCUCUCCUUUGUAACAUGCAGCGAACACGUUGUCGCAACAAUGGUUUAUCACAGAACAAUUUACCGUGAGGUUCCUGCAUCCGUAUAAAGCGUAUCCCACACUCCGAAAUGGACGCAUUUACAAACUUACAGUCGUGUUCCGAUGUAAUUGCGGUCUCUCUGAGCCAUCCGUAAACAAGCGCGGGCUCGCGCGCGGAUUUAUUCGCGCAGCGUACCGCGCGACUUCGCCGCUGCAGAAAAUUGCAGCCGGAAUCAUGGUGCACAGGUUAGCGAACGAUCGCCGUACAUCGAGCGCAAACCUCGGACGAUGGUGGUCGGUCUGUGUUACGGUGUUAGUGACGAUGUCUAUGUAGUGGUAGCCGUGAUGGCUAGUGGCUGGCGCCGCCGGACGUUCAACAAUGGUUGCUUUCCCCUUGCCCUCCUCCCUUUACACUCCCUUCGUGUUCCACCGACGCCGCCAGUCGCAUAGUCGUCAAACACCCCCGACUACUGACAGCUUCGAACGGGACCUCGCUACUGCAAUUUGUUCGCACGCGACUCUGCGGUGUCUUCCGGGUCGAUCUCGCUUUGAAUGAUAAUUAGCCGCAGUUAUGCAAGAAUGUUCCAACCCCCAAAAUUAUGAUGGUUGUUUUAGUCACUAAUGAGUAGUCCACACGUCUUUUCACAUAAAACAAAAGAGAUUCAAGCUUUAUGAGCGCCUAAAAUUAAUUAAAAACAAUUUUUAUUUUUUAAUAUUUUUGUGUCAUUUUUUUCACUAAUUGUAUCUUUUUUAAGGGCCAAACUUGUCAAUGAAUACCUUUAAAAAGAAGAAAAUUGAUCAUGCUUAACUUCUUGAACGAUUGCGAAGAACUUAAGUGCUAUUUACACUUUCUAAAUCAUAAAUAAAAUUUUCAUCUUCAUUUUUCCUCGAACGUACUUCAAGUUGGAGCAUUCUCGCAUAACUACCGCCAAUUGUAUUCUGUUUUAAUUACAUUUUUUGUUUCUCGCUUAUGAUUCUCAUUGGAUGAUCAUGACGAUUUUACUUUAAUCGCGAUUAUUAUUUUGGUCUCGAGUCUGUACCAGUAUACAAGAUAAAUCUUGUUAUUUUUUACAAUAACUCAUGAAAAAUGCAUUUGCAUUUGCAAAUAAGCCAAACUACAUUCAUUUAUUAUGCCAAACUACAUUUAUUUAUUAUGCAAAAUUCAACUUGCAUGUCUCGUAAAUUCUUGAUUUAUAUUCCGUGUUUCUUUUGAUUCUCUUUUAUGUUUAUAUUUUCAUAUUCCUCUACAUGAAAUCAAUGAUAAAGAACGAUAAACAGCUUCUUUGGUCUGCUAUCCGAUAAUAUAUAUGAAUGACGCACGUACAAGUUUUUCGAAAGAAAAUAGAACUCGUGUUGUCGAGAGCGCUGCUUAUAUUAGAAAUGGAAAAAAACAACGAAUUUUAUACGAUCGCGUAUCAAUGGCGAGG